AUGUCCUCGACACCUCCAAUUCGCAUAUCAACUCCACCAAUACCUACUCCACCGCAUCGACAACUCACCCGAACGCCUUCCACUGCAACACUGGUCAUUAGUGACUUCAGCAAGUUCACCGAAGGGCACAAAGGCACGGCGAUUUGCGCUUCUGGGCCUAAUGGAAAGCAAUCUCGUUUUUAUCUUGCAUUGUUCCCCAAAAAUAGUCUCACAUGGGUAUCCAACGACGUGCUCGUAUGUUUGUACUUUUACGAUGAUGAUAUUGAAGUAAAGUACCGUGUUGCAAUUGUAAAUGGAAAAAGGGAAAAGAGAUACUGUCAAGAGUAUCAUUGGCGUAGGUGUAAGAAGUUGGGCCACCAUGUUGCUAAAUUUAUCUCUAGAGACGAAAUUCUUGAUCCAGAAAAUUUCUGUUUAGUAAAUGAUAAAUUGACAAUUGUGUGCGAACUGGAUAUUCUCACUCCGGAUGACAUUGAUCAAAGCAAAUUUUCUACUCUUACCGCCGAUUUAAGUCAACUUUUGCAAAGCUCACAGUUUGCAGACACCAAGUUGCUGGUAAGAGGAAAGGAGUUCCCAGUACACCGAGCUGUUCUCUCUGCCCGUUCACCUGUUUUUGAAAAAAUGUUUGAUCAUGAUUGCAAAGAAAAGAUCAACGGAGUUGUGGACAUCGAUGAUCUGAGUCAGGAUGUUUGCGAGCAGUUUUUAAAAUUCAUUUAUGCUGAUAAAGUUGAUGAUCUAGAGGCCAUGGCGCCUGAACUUUUAUCCGCUGCCGAUAAGUACCAACUAGAUUCAUUAAAGAACCUCUGUGAGCACUACCUCUCAUCAACACUAUCUAUUGACACUGCGUCGCGUCUUCUUUUACUUGCCGAUACACAUCAAGCCAAACAGCUGAAAUGUCAAUGCAUUGAUUACAUAACCGACCAUAUAGCAAAGGUGAAACUGACAGACUCGUGGAAAACUGUCACCAAAGCAAGGCCCGAACUGGGCAUUGAGCUGUUGAUGAAUCUCUCGACAAAACACGAGCAGCUAAAAGGAACGGUUUGA